UGCUUAAGCUAGGAACUGACACUUCUGAGAGGUGCUGAUGUGAGCGUGUGCAUACAGACUUGGCUCCCAGCAGCACAGCAGCUCCCAGGAAAAAUAUCUUGAAAAGAUCUGAAUGCAUAAGGCUAAAGUUAAAACCGAAAUGAGAGACAAAAACAAACAGCAGAAUCCUUCAACUGAGAAUGAGCAUUCUGAAGCCUAAGAUUUAAAGUAUUGAUGAUCAGAGCCAUACCUAAAAGAGACUAAAAACUCCGUUCCAAGCUCUGAGCUGUGACAGUCCUCACAGCAGGCAUGCCAAUUGCAGCCUCAUAACUUUCACACAGAUAAAGACUGACAGAACAUAACGGAGAUUCCCUGAGCAGAAGCUUAAAUCAGUUCAAAGGGGAAUUUGAAUCCACCUGCUGCCUGACGAUGACCUCUACUCACCACCAUGGGAUGCACGCGUCUCUCCACUUCUGGAACCGCAGCAGCUACGGACUGCACAGCAAUGCCAGUGAGUCCCUAGGAAAAGGCCACUCUGAUGGAGGGUGCUACGAGCAACUUUUUGUCUCCCCUGAGGUGUUUGUGACUCUGGGUGUCAUAAGCUUGUUGGAGAACAUUCUAGUGAUUGUGGCAAUAGCCAAGAACAAGAAUUUGCACUCACCUAUGUACUUUUUCAUCUGUAGCCUGGCUGUCGCAGAUAUGCUGGUGAGCGUUUCCAAUGGGUCAGAAACCAUUGUCAUCACCCUACUGAACAGCACAGACACAGAUGCACAGAGCUUCACGGUGACUAUUGAUAAUGUCAUUGACUCCGUGAUAUGUAGCUCCUUGCUUGCGUCAAUCUGCAGCCUGCUUUCCAUUGCAGUGGACAGGUAUUUUACUAUCUUUUAUGCCCUCCAGUACCAUACCAUUGUGACUGUUAAGCGGGUUGGGAUCAUCAUAACUUGUAUCUGGGCAGCUUGCACAGUUUCGGGCGUUUUGUUCAUCAUUUACUCUGACAGCAGUGCUGUCAUCAUCUGCCUCAUCACCAUGUUCUUCACCAUGCUGGUUCUCAUGGCCUCUCUCUAUGUCCACAUGUUCCUGAUGGCCAGACUUCACAUUAAAAGGAUCGCUGUCCUCCCAGGCACUGGCACCAUCCGCCAAGGUGCCAACAUGAAGGGAGCAAUUACUUUGACCAUACUAAUUGGGGUCUUUGUUGUCUGCUGGGCCCCAUUCUUCCUUCACUUAAUAUUCUACAUCUCUUGUCCCCAGAAUCCAUACUGUGUGUGUUUCAUGUCUCACUUUAACUUGUACCUCAUACUAAUCAUGUGCAAUGCAAUCAUUGAUCCUCUCAUCUACGCACUCCGGAGCCAAGAACUGAGAAAAACCUUCAAAGAGAUCAUCUGUUGCUUUCCCCUGGGAGGCCUCUGUGACUUCUCUAGCAGAUAUUAAGUGGGGAUAGAGGAGAUACUAAAUACUUGCUUAAGAGACUUUUUC